AUGGCCACCUCCACCGCCACCACCACCCAAACUUCUGCACCCAACAGCACCACCACCAUUUGCUUCUCAAAAUAUCUCCAUUCCCUUUCUCAAACACCCCACAGGCUUAGGAAGAGAAUGCUGGCCACAUGGACCCCUGACCAAGAGCUCAACCAAGUGAGGCAAAGGUCUGGGGCAGACAUGAAAAGGAAACUCAAGUGGUAUGAUUUGAUUGCCCUUGGUGUUGGAGGAAUGCUUGGUGUUGGAGUCUUUGUCACAACAGGCCAAGUAGCCUUCCAGACAUCUGGCCCUUCUGUCUUCAUAUCCUACAUCAUUGCAGGAAUAUCAGCCCUUCUUUCUUCCUUGUGUUACACUGAAUUUUCUGUUCAAAUCCCAGUUGCUGGUGGUGCCUUUAGUUAUCUCAGAUUGACCUUUGGUGAGUUUGUGGGCUAUUUUGCUGGGGCUAAUAUACUCAUGGAGUACGUAUUGUCAAACGCUGCAGUCGCAAGAAAUUUUACUGAUUAUAUAUCCUCUGCAUUUGGUGAAAAUGAUCCAAAGACAUGGAGAGUAAAAGUAGAUGGUUUGGUAGAGGGCUAUAAUAUGUUGGACUUCCCAGCUGUUGCUCUUAUUCUUCUUCUCACUCUCUGCCUUUGCCACAGCACAAAGGAAAGCUCCCUGUUGAACCUUGUUAUGACAGUCUUCCAUGUGGUUUUCUUUGGAUUUAUCAUAAUUGUUGGCUUCUGCAAAGGGAGUACCAACAACUUGGUGAAGCCUAAAGGACUUGCUCCUUAUGGUGUUAGAGGUGUUCUUGAUGGGGCAGCUAAAGUUUACUUGAGCUAUAUUGGCUAUGACUCAGUUUCAACCAUGGCAGAAGAGAUCCAAAACCCUUCAAAGAGCUUGCCAAUCGGAAUAGUUGGCUCCGUUGUCAUCACCUCCGUGCUUUACUGCCUUAUGGCCUUGUCCUUGUGUUUGAUGGUUCCUUACAACGAGAUAUCAGAGAAUGUGGCAUUUUCAAUGGCUUUCAGACAGAUUGGUUGGGAAUGGGCAAGUAAUCUGGUUGGGGCAGGUGCAAGCUUGGGGAUUGUGGCUUCACUUUUGGUUGCCAUGUUAGGCCAAGCUAGGUACCUUUGUGUUAUUGGAAGGGCCAGGCUGGUGCCUUCAUGGUUAGCCAAGGUGCAUCCUUCAACAGGCACACCCUUGAAUGCCACCCUCUUCUUGGGACUUUGCACAGCAUCAAUUGCACUCUUCACCGACCUUGAAAUAGUGAUAGACAUGAUCUCCAUCGGCACGCUGUUGGUGUUCUACCUUGUAGCCAAUGCUCUCAUUUACCGGCGAUAUGUGACCAUUAGCAACAACCCCCCAUUUCAAACUCUCUUUUUCCUCUUCCUCCUCUCAUCUAGUGCCAUUGGCUUUUCCAUGUCAUGGAAGUUUAAGCAACAACGCUGGGGGCUACCACUUUUCGGAGUGUCUAUGAUCACCAUCAUUGCCUUCUUCAACUACACAGUUCCUUGCCUUCGCCAUUCCACCGGGUGGUCAAUGCCCUUCAUGCCAUGGCCUGCUGCACUGUCUAUCUUUCUUAAUGUGUUCCUCAUGGCAACACUGAAGCAGUUCUCAUUCGAACGGUUUGCGGUAUGGGCAUGUUUGAUAACAUUGUUCUAUCUGUUCUAUGGUGUUCACUCAACUUAUCAGGCAGAGGAGAUGGGGACUGGUGAGGAUGAAGUGGAUCCAAGCUCAGCUGUGCAACAAAGCAAGCUAGACAACAUUCAAGUGCUUUGACUAAUUAUGUUACUGUCUUUUACUUCUUUUUUCUCUGGUUUUUUUUUUUGUUCUCAUGCAGUUUUUGUGGUACUUAACUUGGGUUCAGGGAAUUCCAAUCAAGCAAAAAGGAAUUCCAAUCAAAUAGAAUGACAAAGUUAACUGUGCAUAGAAAUGCCACAGCAAAAGACCAGUGUUACCUGAAUCGAGAAAUGAUACGGUGCCUGUAAUAUGAUAAACGAAAUGAUAUGUGUAAUGGGAACUGAUAGGGAGUUUGCUAGUUUCUAUGGUACAUGUUCGUCAAAGAUAGGUAUAGUCGGUAUGGUAUUUCGGGUGGCAAUUCAUUCGAGACUUUAAUUCAGGUCCUCUAAUUAGAAUUACUACCAUCAUCAUGAAACUCUUAAUGGGAGUGGACAAGAUGAUUGGGGUCAUUCAGCAAGUAAUGAUGGAGACACUAAAGAACCUCAGGAUCCAAUAUAAAGAAAGAGGGAAAUUCCUCUAGCAAACUCAACUCUUCAGUUUACUAAAAUCUCCUUGUCAAUAAUGAAAACACAACUAAACUGUGCUUUGUUUGUCUUACGUUGAUGGUAGAGCUACUCUUGACAAUCCUCACCACAUAAUAAGAGAGAUCAUGAUUCUCUCAUAUUAAGAAAGAUUAUGUACCUUUCUUGAGAAAGUUCAGGAGUAUUUGUCUGCGUAUCAGUAGUCUCGGGUUCAAAGCCCAACUGCACCUCCUCUACUCCCUUCCAAACUUUGACAGAUAAA